AUGAUUCCAUAUACAGGUGUCAAUUGUCAGUGUGCGGCUGGCACUAGAGUUGGUAACACUAUUGGUGAUAGGACAGAAACGGGAGAAACUGCGGCUACAUUUUUGCUUCAAAGUAACGACAACGAGUAUCAAAUUACCUGUUGUGGGUUUGUGACGACUUGGGAUAUCAGGAUAGCGACUACGGGUACUUUGUACGCUGAAGUAUGGCGACAGAUUUCAGGAACGUGGACUCUAAUGGGUGUGAACACAAUAACUGUCGAGGCGGGAGAUGUCGGCAAUUUAAAAAACGUGCCUGUUGCAGCGGCGAAUCAAAUAGCCAUUGACAAUGGAGACUAUCUUGCAUUCAAGUCUUCUGGGAACACGAUAGUGCGAUACAGAAGGACAAACAAUGGAGAAGGGAACGGUAGAGACCAGAUACAGUAUUCCACGUCAGCCGACCACACGUUGUCUUCAACGUCAACGUUUGCUGCUUUCACUACAGAACGAAAUAUCGAAUAUGGCAUCAGAGCAACCCUUGGUCCUGGAUCAGUUCCACAAUUUGCGGCAGGUUUAGACACCACCAAGACCGUGACUGACGACACAGCAGUAGGAACCACAUUACUGACGGUGGUAGCCACCGAUCCCGGGGAUACUGUCACCCUCACACAACAGUCGGUCACCCCAGCUUCUACUGCAUUCAACUUUGACGCAACAACAGGAGUUUUAUCAACCGUAUCCCAGCUCCCGAUUGGUAACACGGUUUUUGUUUACCGGGCAACAGAUGUGUGUGGGAAUUUUGUCCAGCACACCUUUACUCUGACUGUUACUAAUUAUCCUCCGGUGAUAGAAAACCUUCCAGCUUCCACAGAAAUCAAUGAAGACGUGAGCUUGGAGACACAGUUGUACGUGUUGACAGUUACUGAUGCCUCAUUGGCUGACACGGUCACGUGUACCAUAAACAACGUCAAUCCUUCUUUGACAGCUCUGUAUCUCAGAUAUGCAACAGGAACGUCAAAUUAUGCCCUCAAUCUGCGGGCGAAUGCUGGUCUAAACUAUGACGCUCAGAGAGUUUACACGGUAACCGUACAGUGUACAGACACAAAGGAUACGACAAGUGGGGUCUUUACAAUAUAUGUCCAACGCAACCAGGCACCAGUGAUAACAAAUCUACCCUCAACCUCCAAUUCUCGUGACAUCGCGUCGGCCGGGGUUUCUAUUGGCACAACGGUAUUCACCGUCACGUCUACCGACAAUGAAAAUGACCAGUUAUAUUACAACAUGACGUGUACCCCAGCCACCUGUCCAUUCAAAAUCUACGACUCCGGGGCUAUUCUGGUUGACAAAAGCUUAGCCGAACUCAAUGACACGGCGUACGAUAUGUUUAUUUACGUUUACGAUGGACAUACAUUGGUGGGACCGCGAAGCUUGACCAUCAAAAUCACAGAUGUGAACACGCCGCCUGUGGUGACUAACCUGCCCACCACGGUGUCGGUCCCAGAGAACACCGCGGCCUCCACCACGAUCUUCACGGCGACCAAGUCUGACGUCAAUUCCCUGGACACCCACACGUGGACGUCAACGAUCUCUCCGGCCAGUGGCUCGCUCUAUUUCACUAUGGACUCCAGCACUGGUGCAAUAAAGACAACAUCGUCUAACAUUGAUUACGAGACCAUAGGAACCACGACAUUUUUGUUAACUGCCUAUGUGUCUGAUGGUAAAGACCUGGCCAGUGGAACUGUAACGAUAUCCAUUACAAACCAGAACGAGGCUCCGCAGUUUCUCCUCUCCACCUACACCAUAACAGGAAACGAAGGCUCGGCGGGAUCUAUUAUCGGUACGCCAGCUUUCACAGUGAGUGACCCUGAUGCAGGAGCCACCCAGACAUAUUCACUUAAUUGUCCCGAACUCACUAUGAAUCCAACAACAAAAGUAGUGACGUUGAGCACUGACUACGACGUGGACGCUGGUAAUCCAACGUCAUUGUCAUGCACAGUGACGGUGUCUGAUGGUGAACUCACAGACACGGCGACUCUAAACGUUAUUAUCAACAAUAUCAACGACAACACCCCAACAUUUACUGCCAGUUCCUACACGUUUUACGCGUACUCCACGGCUGACGUGGGGACAGUUCUCGCCAGUCUUCCCGCAAUAGAUGGGGACAAUGGUACCUUUGGUGAUAUAACCUACACAAUAGAUCAGUCGUCGACAGGAGGUAACUAUUUCGGGAUAUCAAACACUGGAGACCUGUUUGUAGCGUCCAGUCUGGCGGGGUUCUCGUCAGGACAAACGCUGGCGGUCACUCUUACUGCCACAGACGGUGGUGGUCUUACAGACACCGCCACCGUAACAUUGGUGGUUCCUGCAGUCACCACCACGACUGCCACGACCACCACUGACCGCUACAUGACUUUCUUUGACGACACACGUAACGUGGCUUGGUUUGUUACAUGCCUGGUGAUAGCGCUGGGUCUGUUAACACUGAAUGCCUACUUCAUCGCCAGAUAUGUCGACUUCACCAGGAUAAAACGGGUGUGCGAGAAGAUGUGUCGAAGGAAGAGAAGAUGGAAACCAAAAAGACAAAUCAUUUCCAGAGAACCAACUCCACCUACCCCGAUUCCCUAUGUUCGAGCUCCAGCGAAUUUUGAAACGUGGAAUGCAUGGAGGAUACCAGACACGUUUAAUCCGAAAUAAGCAACUUUGGAUUUUGGCAUAUAAAAUUUCUUCACUUGUUCUUUCUUAGUUAAUGAGUUUAUACUCAUUAAUGUCAUUUAAAAAAUAUAUUUUGGCAAUUUGGAGUGAGGGAAAAGGGAUAUGAUUAGGUGGCCCUGUAGGAGAGAGAGAAACUCUUUCCAAAAUUCUAUACAACACUAUUUAUUGAUUUUCCCUAUCCUGUGACAGACCCUUUUUUCUCAAUCGAAAACAGCUGCGAUCUUGUUUGAAUUCUGUCUUAAAUUUGAUGUUUAUCUAGUAUUAUUUUAAAUUCUUUUUCAAAUCGAAUGUCCUAUUGAUAUUAUAUUUUAAUUCAUGAACGAACACAAAUUGCUUCAGUUGUAAUGUAUGGAUGUUUGACUUGAUUACCUAUAAUAAUUUGAACCUUGCAGGAUUUGUGACGUUUUUUCUCUUUACAAAUCUCUUUUAAGAUCUUUACAUGUUCUCGAAGCUGAAUAGUUGAAAGAAAUACUGAGUAUUUCGCAAUUAUUUGAAUCUUCUUUGACUGUCAGAGUUUUUGAGUGUUGGAGUUUAUUGUACAAUGACAGUGAUGUAUUCUUUUACGUGUUUCGAGGGGAGGGACCGAACGGCUUGUAGUUGAUGGAAUUGUAGUUGCAUAUCAAUCUGUCUCGACAUUAACAUUUAAAACCUGUUUUAAUCACAUUUCUGGAAAAAAAAUUGUUUCUGUAAACAUGUUAACAUGUUAAUGUUUUUAAUUUAUGAGUUGUUUUAUUUAUCACAUUUACA